CACUUGAUUGCUUGUUUGAAACAAGUAUUCCUUCUGAGGAUGAAAUUCUAAAUGAAUUUGGAUUAAUGUUAGAAAAUAUUCAAGAACCAGUUAGUGAUUUAGAUGAUUUUAUUGACAAGACUAGUACUAAUAUCAUAUUCUUAACAGAAAUUGAGUUUUUAAAUAGAUCAAUAAGUUUAAAUCAAAAUUUAAAUCCAGAUAAUGAAAACCAAGAAACAGUAAGUUAUUAUAAAUUUUAUUAA